AUGCAGCAGCAACAAGAGGUGAUGAGAGUAAUGAACGAGCAACGAGGAACGAAUGACUUCAAGUUGGAUGGGAUUAGACUACCCAAGUACACGGGGCAUGAAAGAAACGAGCGUUGGGCGACGAGGGUACUGGCCAUUAUCGGGAGCACGUUGAAGGGGCAGGCUGGUCAGUGGUAUCUGGCGCGGAAGCAUGAGAUCUACUCUGCGGAGCGCCAGAAAUCUUGCAAGUCGUUGGGUGAUUACGUUUCACGGUUUCGCAACAUUGUACUACAAGUGGAAGACAUGACGGAGAUCGACAAAGUGGUGUACUUCUCGAAAGGGUUGAUGCCAAAUACACGUCAAGAAAUACUGUACAAGCGUUGCGAAACCCUUACGGAUGCCAUUACGGUAGCGAUGGACUAUGAGCGCUCGCACUUCGGUGCUCCGGCGCGCACGGGACGUCGCGACUGUGAUCACCCACGAUUCCGCAGAAACGAGUCGACUUCAAGAUCAAAUGGUCCUGAGUCAAUGGAGAUCGACAGUGGGCAAGAGCACAGUCUAGAAGAGUGCCGUCGGCAGAGGAAAUGUUACAACUGCUUCCGUGGUGGUCACAUUGCAGCCCACUGC